AUGCCUAGACCUGCUUCCCUCCGUGACAUCAUCCGCCAGCAUCCACGUGAGCGGCUCCUAGUGCAGCCUCUCGAGUGGACGGCGCGCCAUCUCGAGCUGCUGCAUUGCUCCUUUGAAGAGGAAAAAUCCAAAGAGGGAGACCCUGAAAAGGAGGAAGUGUUGUAUAAUAAUGGAGAAGGUGUUCAGGUUCCUGACGCAAAUGAGUCAGGAAAAAAGAAGCCUGUUGAUCGUUGGGCUCGCACUGCCGAGCGUCUAGCAACCUAUGAGAUGAAGACUGCGGCUAUGAAGAAGCUCUUGGCAGAAGUCGACGGGCCUCUAAAAUUUCUCCGGCCCUUUGGAUAUUUCUGCUACGGCUUCGAGCAUGAAUUUCGCCUACAUGGCGCCGUCUUUGCGGAGCGUGCAGUCGGAACGCAGGCACCCGUAUUCGCCUUUAUGCAACGCGGCAUGAUUAAGAUACAGCGUGAAGGUGUCUUUUCUCUGCCUCGACCACGACGGCCGAAUCCUCCAGCCGAGCUUAUCAGGAAGAUGAGAUUAAAACAACUGGAGCCAUCUGACCCAUGGUGUGACCCGUACAUCCUGGCCGUGCUCGUAGGAUUGGCGCAAUCACAGGCACAGAACCAGUCCUUGGAAAAAGACUCGGAUGGCAAGGGCCGUCCUAAUGUUUUCAAGGUUUGCGCUGUGCUUGUGGACGAGACAAACACAGACACGAUGGGAUUCUACACCGCAAAAAUCUCUACCGAGUUUCUCAGCAAGUUCGAAUAUUUGGCGCCAAACUCGUACAUUCCAACCCCCUUCCUCCACAUCCCUACACGCAGCCACAACACCUCAACUUUCACCGCCAAAAUGCCUGCCAUCCAUGUAGAGAUUGAUCCUGAUGGAGACACUCUCAUAGUUCUCCCUCAUCCUGAACCAGAUCCUGAUGCCGAAGAGUCUGAGGACGAAGAGGAAAAUGACAAGGGACCAGAUGCCGAAAUGCCAGAUGUCGAAGAGCCUUCCCAGUCGUGCUUCAAAGUCUCGAUGAAGCAUCUCGUCCUGGCUUCGCCACGAGCAAAGAAGAUGUUUGAGGGAAACUACGCUGAAGCUCAACCGGGUACUGAUGGUCUACGUCGAUGGACAUUUGAACCAAUCUUCGAUGCCAAGGCCUUUCGGAUCGUCAUGAAUGCAAUCCACGGCCAUACUCGCAAGAUGCCACGGACUAUGACACUCAGAAGGUUGGCCAAGAUCUCUGCCAUCGUUGACGAUCUGGAUUGCUCUCAAUCCUUGUGGUUCUAUGCCAAGACGUGGCUCGCUGAGUUGAACACAUACAUGGACGAUGAUAACUUUAGAAGGUGGAUGCUCAUUUCUUUUGUAUUUGACGAGCCAGAGCUGUUCGAGUCAGCAACCAAGCUUGCGAUCCGUAGAGGGGACGGACCAUUCGAUGCAUGCGGCCUCCCAAUACGUCCCAAAAUCAUUGGUAUGAUAACUAUCUGGGAUUCUAUGCGGUUCCGUCUAACGUCGCAAAUAGACACAAUAGACGCCGAGAGGGAGAAGCACAUCGCAAGAAUAGUCGACGGGGUCGCAUCACUCACCGAGGAAGUCAAAACGAAGAAGUGCGACCCUCAGUGCAAGUCCAUGACGUUUGGUGUUUUGACACUAUAUCUUAUAUCGGCCAACCUUGUCCUUCCAUCUCCAUCUAGACCCUAUCUUGACCUGAGAUUGAGUAGGAUCUGCCAUCAGUUGAAUGAUUUUCGACUCCCACUCGCCUACCGCCCAGGCGAGUCGUUUAAGAAAAGUUGGAAGCGCUCUAAAGACUUGUGGUUUUUUCAAGAGGUCCCAUUACGAGGGCCGGAUCCUAGUCCGCCACAAGGCGUUGAUAGUCACAGCUGCGAUCUACGGGAUCUAGUCUCCCGUUCGCUCUCGAGCUUAUCAACCACUCCCUGGGGCCUGAAUCUCUCGGACUUUCGUUAG